GAUUCCCCGGCCCGCGAUGGCGGCCGCGGCCCCGGCGGCCCCGGGCGAGGCGAAGCGGCCCGAGGGCGACGAGUGGUGCGACAGCGGGCUGGGCUCGCUAGGCGAGGGGCCGCCGGGGCCGCCGCUGCCCGCCAGCCCCGCGGCGGAGUCCUCCGACCCCCUGGCUGACCCCGCGGCCUGGCUGCGGCACGUCCUGAGCUUCGUCACCGAGGACGGCGACACGGCGCUGCACCUGGCCGUGAUCCACGAGCACGAGGAGUUCCUGGAGUCCAUCCUGCGCCACACCGAGCGCUCGCCCUACCUGGACCUGCAGAACGACCUGGGCCAGAGCGCGCUGCACAUCGCCGUGGUGCUGGGGCUGGCUGGGGCCGUGCGGCGGCUGCGGGCGGCGGGCGCGGGCGCGGCGCUGCGGGAGCGCGGCGGGCACACCCCGCUGCACCUGGCCUGCCGCGAGGGUCACCCUGCCUGCGCCCGCGCCCUGCUGGGGGACCCCGGCAAGGACGAGGAGGAGCGGCGGGCGCAGCUGGACAGCGUCAACUACGACGGUUACACCCCCCUGCACAUCGCUGUCCUGCGCCGGGACCUGGAGCUGGUGCAGCUCCUGCUCCGCGCCGGCGCCGACCCCGACCAGCCGGAGCCGAGCUGUGGCCGCAGCCCCCUGCACUUGGCUGUGGAGGCUCAGAGCCCCGAGGUGGCCGAGUGCCUGCUGCGGGGCGGGGCACGGCCGGACCCCCGCACGUUUUCGGGGUACACCCCCCUGUACAGCGCCCGCCGCCGCCCCGAGCCCCGCCUGCCCCCGCUCCUUCGCCGCUUCGGGGCCCGCGACCCCCCGAGCAGCGACAGCAGCGACAGCAGCGGCGACAGCAGCGGCGACAGCGAGGGCGGCCCCGAGGACAGCGCGGACGAGUACGACGACAUCGUCAUCAACAGCAAGCGCUGCCCGGCCUGAGAGGACCCCAGACCCCUCUGGAUGGACUUGGGGAUGCCCCCACCACCGCCCAGCCAGGGGGACCCCCUGAGGAUGUGCCCCCACCCCCCAAAAUCCCCAGGGAGCCCCGAGGGUUGCAGGGGGCGGUGGGAAAUAAAUCAGAGGCUGCGCUCGGAGCAAAGGA